AUCAGAUAAAUCAAUGGCACCAUUUGGGAAGCCACUGCUUUGAAGUGAACACGUUGUUUCCUGCUGCAGGAUGGAGGAUGGUGGGAGAGCCCCCACUGCCAUUGUUGCCCGGGCCUGCAUGACCCUGUGCUUGGUCUCCUACGCGGCUGCCUUCUCGCAGGGUGCCAGCCUUUCCGCCUGCAGUGACAUGAUGCCCAGGCACCUGAGGGUGCAGCUGCACAGCUCCAACAGCAACUACGUCACUGUCCACACCAACAUGUCCUUCUUCUUCCCGGGAGACAAGGUGCCAGUGACAGUAAGAAGCACCCGGGAUUACAUGGGCUUUAUGCUGCAAGCUCGCAAAGUAUCCAACAACGAAAUCGCUGGCACGUUCAUCUUCCUGCCUCCCGGUUCCAAGCUGCUGACUUGUUUUGAAGAUGGUGACACUGUCACACACUCGGACAAGUCACUGAAGAGAAACCUGUCCUUCGUAUGGAAAGCACCAGACCAACCCAUUGGAGACAUCAAGUUUUUCAUUUCCAUAGUCCAGUCAUACUUUGUUUACUGGGCAAAGAUUGAAUCUGCUGUUGUGGCUCAGGCAGGGCAAAACAAGACUCUUGCUGACAAGAAGCCUGAUGCCAUAGCCCCCACGCCCCUGCAGGGACCAGCUGACCCUCACCCCACAGGUCCCAUCUCUCCUGCAGCUGCCACUGGCUCCCUGCUGCCUGCCAGCCCCAAUGGCAUCGUGGCAACACCAGCACCAGAGCCAGGUUUUGGUGUGGGGUCUGAGACUCUUCCCGUUGCUGAGCCAAAGCAGGCGGCCCGGACUUUGCGGGCUGUGUCCGGCAGGAGUGUCCGGUCCAGAGGCCGGGGGCUGGAGCCAUCCCUUCCCACCCAAGAUGUUGGAAUGGUAGAUGCCUUGCAAGGUUUCCUCUCCCAGGACAAUGUCUCCAGCUACAGCACCUUCAAUGGAUGUGACUACAGGCUGCUGGAAAUGUGUGUGCUUAGAGAUACAGGACACAGAGUUAACAGGUUAGUCUUGGAUGAUACCUGCAGCAAAGCCUGGGCUGCAGAACUGGCGUGGAGCAGCUGGCAUUUUGUGACAGUUAAAAUAAGGUGCAUGGAACCAGACAGUGCCCAGAAACAGGCCCAGGCAAGAACUGACAUUCCCACUAAAAUGGAUGGUAGUGAGAACCUAAUCAGCCCCCUUUUCUCUUUCCUCACUGCACAUUUUGGCAUGUUUUUGCUUUCAAAGGGCAGUACUGAGAGUGGGACCAUCUUGAAAGCCUCCCUACGUGUGAGUGAGACAGUGUCUCCCUCUGCCCUGCACGUACGCACUCACCUGGGCGGCGUUACUGCAACCACAGCCUGGCUUGGUGAUGCCAGCACUGCUGGCAAUUUGUCCUCGGCCUCAAGGCAAAUGGCAGAAAGAGAGCUGGCCCCACAGCCAGAGAGGGCAGACAGCAGGGCUGAGGAGGACAAGGAUGAGCAGGAGGCAGCUGGGAAUACCGUGCCAUGGGUGACCAGACCGGCUCCUGAAUCUGCUGUUCCCGGGAUAGGGGAAGGCCCUGGCAGAGGAACCCGACUCCUUGCAGCCCAACUUGGCAUCCUCCUGGUCUGCACAGCCGCGCUGGGCCUGGCACUGGCAGCUGCCAUGCGCUGUGUCUGUGCCCAGCACUGCCACAAGCGGGCCGAGGUGUCCUUCAGCGAGCCCGACCCCGACGUCAUCACCAUCAUGGAAAACGGGGCAGUGAUGCGCUUCCGAAAGAUCCAGGACAACAGUUUCGUGCUGGUGCCAGCCCAGUGCAACUGGGUCAGCCCCUCGAGCAGCGUGAAGAAGACUGUGGUUGUUUAGUCCCUCUUUGUGCUGCCAUACAGGCAAACAAACCCGAAGCAGCCAGUUCAGACAGAGGUAUUAGGCAAAUGUAUCUAAACUACAGCUGCUGAGAAAAUUGAAGCUGAUAGAUUGCUCAGUGUGUUACACUUACUGCAAUUAAUAUUGUAUAUCUGCUCAUUGGCUGUCACUGUGGCAGUGACAUACACUUCUUUUGUUGCCUUAAGGGUGUAGCCAAAAAUAGAAAUUCUUUCUCUGCACUGUGGUAUU